GUUAUCAAUGAGUUUCUUUUAAUGACUGUUGUAUUUCGUCGAUAUAUUUACACGAUCAUGAAAUGUCCGUGCAUCAGUAAAGCCACUGCAAUUUGCUAAAUGCUCAUGAAAUCGGGGAGCAGAACGCUUGGUCCAGAACAAGGCGCUGCUAAUCCUACCGUCCACCUGAGCCUACUUAAAGGCUUACCGUCAUCGCUAAGCUCUUCUGCCUUCCGAAUUAUCUAAGAUCUUGCAAAAGAUGAAACGCAAACACCAGGAAGAUGCUACAACAACACACAAGCCCGUGUACGGCACCUCUGGCCUCAAGAACACCGAACAGCAGUUGUUUAAUCGAACUACCGAUAAUCAACAGGAUACGGAAAUAGGAGAUGGGAAAUAUAGCAGCGAUGAUUUGAUUGAAGAUGAUUAUGACUCAUUUGACGAAAUAUUCAUUCGCCAUAUCGCGAAUGACAGAGAUACAUGGCAUGAUGAUAGGCAAGAUUAUACACCGAGAAGCUGGCUUUCUAAAGGGCCACCACCUCGCUUGCCAUGGGCGCAGCAGUUUCCUCCAACUAAUUUAGACGAACUGGCUGUCCACAAGAGAAAGGUCUCGGAUGUGAAGAACUGGCUAAUCAGUGCAUUUGCUAGGAGAGACCGACAGCUCCUAGCGCCUUUUAUUGCUACGCAGGCCUUUUCUUUACUAACAAAAGCAAAGCUACUUGUUCUUCGUGGUCCUGCAGGAAGCGCCAAAACAACUACACUCUCAUUAUUAUCGACUGUUCUAGGCUUUGAUAUCUUGGAAUGGAGGAAUCCCUCACCGUCAGAGUCUGCCACCAAAGCACAAGUAUCAAUUGCUGCUCGUUUCGAUGAUUUCCUGGAGCGUGGAAACGAGUUUCAGGGUCUCGACCUAGAUGGGGGGACUGGCUCUUCCGGAGCUAGGUACACUUAUAGCAAUGCCUACACUUCACGGCGACGUGUUAUUCUCAUUGAAGAAUUCCCAGCGCUUGCAGGUCCAUCGUCGAGUUUGAAUUCCUUCAGGCUAACCCUCUUGCGGUAUCUUGCCAUGAUAACGCAAGAAAAACCCCACCUUGAGCCCGACACCCUACAAGGCUCUCCAAUUGUCAUCAUUGUCUCAGAGACGCUUCUUGACUCUAGGUCUUUCCCGUCAGAUAACUUAACAGCCCACCGGUUGCUAGGCCCGGAACUUUAUAACCAUCCGAGGACGAGCAUUAUUGAUUUCAAUAGCAUAGCGCCGACUAUUAUGUAUAAGGCUCUGAAUUUGGUUUUGGAAAAGGAGGCUUCUCUUUCCAAGCAUGAGAGAUUCCCAAGCUCCGCCAUACUGCACAACAUCUCUAAGACGGGGGACAUUCGAAGUGCCAUUGCAUCCUUGGAAUUUGUUUGCGUGAAUCAUGAAAGGUUCAAGAAGUUGGCAGGCCCGCCUUCCAAAGCCGGGGUCUCGAAAAGAGCUACAGCAACUCUUACGCCUCUUGAAAGAGAUACAAUGGAGGCAAUAACACAGAGAGAAACGAGUCUUGGGCUGUUUCAUGCUAUUGGGAAGGUCGUAUAUAACAAACGUGUCGAUCCAGGCUCAACUGGAGGUACUCAGGUCGUCUCACCCCCAGGGCACUUAAAACAUCAUGAACGGCCACAAUUGUCCCAAGUAUGUGUCAAUGAACUUGUGGAUGAGGCCGGCAUCGAUAACCAAACCUUCAUUAGCGCUCUUCAUGAAAAUUAUGUCCCAUCAUGCAACAGUCUAUCGUUCACAGACUGCCUGGAUGGCUGCAUUGGCGCAUUAUCAGACAGCGACGUGCUGUCUUCCGACACAAGAGGACGAAGCAGGUUUGGAGGACAAGGUUUGGGUAGAUCUAAUGCCGGAGCAGACUCCUUGCGUCAAGAAGACCUCAGCUAUCAAGUCGCUACUCGAGGUAUACUGUUUGGCCUUCCAUACCCCGUGAAGAGAUCAAUGUCAGCCAAAGCAUGCCCAAGCCAUACAAAAAGCGCAUAUAAAAUGUUCUUUCCGGCUUCAUUGCGACUGCUUCGCAAUAUGGAAGAGAUACAAGACCUUAUAGAUUUAUGGUCAAACAGACUACUGGACCCAUUCGGGAAUGAUAGAGCCGAGAAGGCCGCUGGCCUAGGUAGUCGCGGCAGUGAAUCAACUGCGGCUGUUACCAUGAUAUCACGCAGUGAUCUCAUACUUCAUCAACUGCCAUAUUUGGCUAUAUUAGGGGGCAACCCAGGGCAUUUGAAAGAACUCGUGAAGAUCACCGGGCUCCGUGGAAACAAGUUCCAAAGCAUUGCCCCGGACAACGAGAUAUUUGACAAGUCAGUUGAAUUGCCUUCAGUGGCAUCCAAUAUUCGGCGAAGGAACUCUCCGUUAGAAACCCCAUCACGAAUAAGUCGGCGCAACAGCAAUGCCUUUGGACCCCGGCUUCCUCCAUCUCUUGAAGAGGAGGGGCUUAUUCUGCUCGACGAUGAUAUUGUAGAUGACUACUGA